AUGACUUCGGGACUGCCCAAUGACGUACUUCUCCUCAUAGGAGAGGAACUACAACACAAAUCGGACCGAUGGAAUCUCAUCUUCGCAUCGAAGCAUUUUCAUGACUUAUUCCUCCCACUGGUUUACCGAAAAGUACAGAUCCGCAGUUGGAAGGAUUCUGCUUCAUUUACCUGCGCUGUCUUGAAAAGACCCAAGCUCGCUUGCGCCGUGCGAGAGCUAGAUCUCACAAACUGGCAUGCGGAAAGCAUUUCGCGUCACGAACGCGAUGAUCUCAAAGAAUCCACUGUGCUGUCCGAAUGGGUAUCAUCUAUAUCUCAAUCGCGGGCCGAGGGAGUUCAAUGGAUGGAGUCUCUUUCUAAGGGUCUGAGUGACGCUUGGAUUGCUGCCAUGCUACCCCUUCUCAGCCAACUGAGAAAGCUUCACUUGGUAUAUUCAACAGAAUCACCACAUCUUGAUUACAUCAUGCAACGAGCGGUGGAUUGCGAAACACCAUUGGCGGGCCAACCGACGUUGAGGCAUCUACAGCACGUUUCGCUGCAUCAUCGGGAAGAUCUCGAUCACCGCGACCACGCAGAGAGUCGACAGCCCCUAGAAUCACCAGGGCUUGUCUUGCCUUUCUUGCAAUUACCAUCUAUUAGAAUGAUCACAGCUAACUCACUCGUGGAUAAGUCCCCACUGAUCACGGAGCCCGUGGUAUUGACCGAUGAGAGUCCCCGGGUUGGGUUCUCUUCUGUCACUGAUAUUGAUCUCCGCGCCAGUAGUGGGAAUCACGGGAUGGAGAUACUGAUUGCUUCAUGUGCCGAAUUGAAAUCAUUCAAAUAUCAGCAUUCGGAUGCCCAUGUCCUCUCCUAUGGAUAUCAGCCUUCUGCCUUUUACCGGUCUCUGAGUCACAGCAAACCGACUCUUCAAACGUUAUGGCUCGACAAUUACGGAAGCCAUUACCCCUUCACUGCAGCCGGACUAAACCAAUCUCAUGACGAAUGGUUCGGGUCCCUGGUCGACUUCACUGCCCUGCGAGAGGUGCGCGUACGACUCACCAAUCUUCUGGAUAUCCGCUAUCAGAACGAGCCGACGACGCCUCUCGUGGAAUGUCUUCCAUCUUCGUUGGAGACCAUUUGUAUCGAAGGAUGCGAAGAAAGGUACUUUGGUAUGCUGGUAUCGCAGCUGCAGGCAGUGGUCAAAAAUUGUCGCGGUCGCUUCCCCAGCCUCAAGCGUGUUGAGAUCGAAGGCGCGUUCCACGACGUCUCUUUGGACAGCGACAAUCUCACCGUCAUUUCCGGUUCGGUCGUGGGAACCGUCAUCAAAGACAAAAUCUUGCAGGCUGCAGAGCCACUGCAUAUUGAUUGUGCACAUGCUGGGAUGGAGCUCCAUAUCCAUGACCGAGCCUUAUCACACCCCUAA